GGUGAAUCAUCCGCCCUGUUCUCGAAGCUAGGCAGCUCAUUUUUUGGGGCCACCAAUUCACCCCAAAAGGUCGUUACCAACAUCCGUGGAUUCCUUUCCAAUCGGUUGACCGGAGUUUCCAUUCCCGAUACAGGAUGGAAAGAUUCGAUACUAUCACUGCCGAAGAAAUGGUUGUCGACCUCGGAGGCAACCGACGAGUUUGGAUUCCCGGAGAUGCUUCCGAAGGUGCCGGUCCCAACUUUGGACCAAACCAUGACCGAAUAUCAGCGAGCCCUUCAACCCAUUCUAACACCCCAACAACUGGAACGCGCUCGGACCAUCAUUAGACAGUUUACUGCCCCCAAUGGGCUUGGCACGACGCUGCAGCAGCACUUGCUGGACAAACGGGAAGCCGAAGACAACUGGGCGUACUACUAUUGGUUGAACGAUAUGUACAUGGACAACCCGCUCCCACUGCCCAUCAACUCCAACCCGGGCAUGGUUUUGCCACCUCGGAAAUUUACCACUGUCAACGACCUGGCACGGUUCGCCGCCCGGCUCGUGGACCAUCUCGUCAGCCACAAGGAGAUGCUGGACAGCGGAGGUUUGGCACAGGAGCGGGCCACAUCACGCGAAAAAGGUCAACCACUGUGCAUGGCCCAGUACUACCGGCUUCUUGGGUCCUGCAGACGACCUGGCGAACAACGAGACAGUCAGUAUUUGCCAGAGCAGAGGACUGAUGAGCAUGUUAUAGUUUGUUGCAGAAAUCAGAUGUACUGUCUUCCGGUGAAGGCCGGUGAUCGCGGACGGUUGAACGAAGACGAAAUUGCUUCACAGGUGUUGCACGUGCUCAACGAGGCUCCAUGCUUGUCUAAGAAAGCUGCCCAAAUUGGUAUUUUAACGGCUGAACCACGACAACGGUGGGCCAAAGAUCGGAAGUUGUUACUAUUGGAGGAACAGAACUCUCGUAACAUUGAGCUUAUCGAGCAGGCAUUAGUAGUGAUCUGUAUAGACGAGCCUAUCCCAUUGACGUUUAAUGCACGGGGAUUCAACGGAUCUCCGGCGGGAGCACACUAUUGUGGAGGUCGGGAUGAAAGCAAUAUGGCACAGGAAAUGAUUCACGGUGGUGGCAGCGAGUACAAUUCCGGAAAUCGUUGGUUCGACAAGACAAUGCAGUUGAUAAUUUGCAAUGAUGGAACCUGGGGCCUGUGCUAUGAGCACUCACCCUCCGAGGGUAUUGCCGUCGUUCAACUGUUAGAGGGAAUCUACAAGAAGAUCGACGAAAUGCCAGCUAAGGAUGAAACCGGCUCGCAAGACCACCUGCCACCGCCCGAGCGUUUGGAGUGGAUUGUUCGACCGGAAAUCGAUCAGCGGAUUCGGGAAGCCUCAAGAAAUGUCGACAAAAACAUCGAGGAUCUCGACUUUUACGUGUAUCGGUAUCGGCCAUUCGGAAAGAAUUUCAUCAAGGCCUGCCAAGUUAGCCCUGACGUGUUCAUCCAGUUGGCACUACAGUUAGCAUAUUUCAAGCUUUAUGGGCAUUUAGUCAGCACGUACGAAAGUGCUUCAACUAGAAGAUUCUUGUUGGGCCGUGUGGACUGUAUCCGUUCCGCCAGUAUGGAAGCAUUGGAGUGGGCUAAAGCCAUGUGCCAGGGAGAAGGGGCCAACGUAACCCUCGAAAGCGACAAGGAAGACGACUACAGUAGCGAAGCAAACGAUGCCAAAAAAAGAGAUCAUUUAAGGGAAUUGUUCCGCUGUGCAGCUGCUCGCCAAACGGAAGUAAUGGUUCAAAAUAUCCUUGGCCACGGAAUCGACAUCCAUCUGCUAGGCCUUCGGGAAGCAUGCCGGGAGCAACAAGGAUCUCUGCACGAGCUGUUCACCGACGAAAGCUACAAAAUUGCCAACUGUUUCCUUCUCUCCACGAGUCAGGUGGCCUGUUCGACAAACAGCUUCAUGGGUUAUGGACCGGUCACUCCACAUGGAUAUGGGGCAUCGUACAAUCCGCAUCCGAACGAGAUAAUUUUCUGCAUUUCAGCCUUUUUUUCGUCGGAUAAAACAAGUGCAUCGAGAUUUGCACGUUCGCUCCAGGAUUCACUCGAUGCCAUGCGCGAUUUGCUGUCAUAAGUUGGACGAACCGUCGUAAACUCACAGGAGGCCUUACCGUGUAACUACCAGUUCACUCUACGCACUCCAGAACUAGGUUAAUGUGAACGUACGAAACGAAAACAUAUCAACGUUUUGGUGUUCAGUUGAACACGAUUGAUUUUAAUAGUUUAAUCGACCCUUGCUCUAGAUAAGGGGAGUGGAAAUUCCCGCUCAUCAGUGCAGGGGGAUCCAACCAAAGAAACGCAAACAUAUCAUUAGCUCGUAAGAUGAAAAUUAUACACAUUAAAUCGAAAUCACGAUUACUUGUAAGAAGAAGUAUUAAGUAGCUGAAUUUUGCACUGAUUAUAAAUCUGUUAUGAAGAAAAUUGAUAUUUAAUAUUGUUGAUAUUAAUUAUGGUUUUGUUAAAUUUUGGGGGUUGAGUUGUUAUACUUCAACAGCGUGUAGUAGCAAUAUAAUAAUACUAUUGAACUUGAAAUUUAGUCUAUACUAUUUAUGACGUGAUUAGGUUCCAAACAGUUGAACACUUGGUGUUUAAAGUUACUUUCGUUAAAAGUGUUUAAACAUGUUAUGCAGUGAUUAAGUAAAAAGGUUUAUGCAUUACGUUCCUUGUAAUGGUUUGGUAUUUUAAAUGCUCAAAUCAAAAUACAUUCCAAAUGUACUGAUAUAUCCAUUAACAUAUCAUCUAUAAUCAAAGGUUUGAGCGCCCGCACAGUAAUUCUUGUCCAUUUUAUGAAACAAAAUUGUAGUAGUUAAACCGAAAUCACAAACAUUGGCUUAAUCAGAGAAUCACCCACUUAUGAUUAACUUCUAGCGUGUACACUCUUGAACGAUUCAAAGCUUCAGCCACAAACAACACCCAUCAACCAGCAGUCAAUCUUGCAUGCAAGUUUCCAGAAACGUGCUUUUUCGAGGGGUGAAAAAUGAAAACCAUCUCAAAAGCUUACCACCACACCAAGUAUGUAAUAAAAUUUGAGUAAUAGAAAAAAAAACUAUGUAAACAAUAUCAAACAUGUGAAGAUAACAAUAUUUAGUGAACGUUUUAAAAACAAACAAAACAUACAAGUAACUAUAUACUCUAAACCUAUAGGCAAAACCCGUACAAUUUACAUAGCAUUUAGCCUGAGUGAUGAUAACAACGUGAAACAUAUCUCUUGUUACUAAUCAUGAUAAUUAUCAUAAAAAGAAACGACGAAGUGAAAUGAUCUCUACAUAAGUCAUAUUUAACGAUUAAAGUGUUAAACAUUGUUCUGGAAACCCCGGUCUGUAAACAAACGGGCUUUCCCAAACUACUAGAGUAAAAAGUUGUGAUUUUCCCAAACAGAAAUUGUUGGAGCGUGGCAGUAUUUUAUGUGACUUGUUAGUAAUCGAGUAUCUGUUGCGAUAACUACGUGUUGAUGUACCAACACUUCCACGAAAAAAAGCGAUGUUUAGCUUGUGUAUUGAAAUGAUACUGUCGAUAUGAAUUUAAUUCAUUUAGGUAUUUGUGAAGCUUGACUUUACUGUUUUUUUUUUGAAUUGACAGAGUUUAUGCUAAUUUGUUCAUAGUGUAUACUGAUUAAAACAUGGCUGGUUUUUCCUAGUUUCAUAACAGGUUGGUAAACACGGCUAACCAUCCUAUAUGUCCUCGAAAGGCGGGACAGGGUCAACACCACGUCUGCUUCCUGCUGCACUGAUAAUAUCAAGAUGCUACGUGCACCGCAAUUUGACCUCCCCCUAGCAAAUGGUCUAACAGCUCACGGGACAAAAAGACGUACUGCCAUGAGGCCUCUGUCACCCCGAAUCUAUCCAGGGGAGGACCCCUUUCUAUGCCCUACAGUUGGAUCCAACCAGCAAAUCCAGGCCCACUCGAUCGCGAUUGUGUGGAACUUUGGGGAACUCCUCAGAUUAUGCGAAAGCAUUUCCGACUAAUCUCUGUGUCGUAUACUAGCACAGCACAGUUUUAUUUACCGAGAAGAUAGCGUCUACGGUCGACCUCUCCUUCCGGAAGCCGAACAGAUCACCCGAGAGACCAUCUACCCUCGGUGUACCUCAACAGUAUGUUCAGGAUGAUCCUCUCGAGCACCUUCCCCGCAAUAUCGAACAACCAUAUCGGUCUUUGUGCCGAAGGGUCACAGGGAGGUUAAUCUGUCUUUGGCAGUACAUUGGACCAGACUCUGCCGUUUCCAAACCUCUGGGAAGACUCUCUCGUCCAGCCAUUUCUGCAUAACAGAUGCGACCAUCUUGGGAGACUCUGCAAUGACUACCUUUAAGGCCAGAAAACUGCUGGACGAGACUUUAAACCUCGUGACUCGGCCAGUACGAUUCUGUAGGCAUCACCCCGCGAAUUCGUAUUGGCACUCUGAACCAGGACCUCAUAGCUGACAUUUGUGUCCUUAUCUCUGCCUUGAGUGCGUCUUUGGCAACCGCAAACGCCACCCGACGUUCAGCCAGCUUCUCAUCAGAACGUGCACUUUACGUUCGUCGCUUAGCCCUUAGGCAAGCGCGGCGUAGGUUCACAAUUGCUGAAGUCCACCAGUAUGCAUGUGGUCUCCCAAUCCUAGGAUGGAUAUUCUUAGGCAUGGUGGCAUCGCAUAGACAUUGACUGGGCAUCACCGCUUAGCCCAAGGAAGUUUCGCUCAUAGUGGAGCACCUCCCUAAUCACCUCGGUGUUGAAAUAUGAUGGCCUUAGCCUGAACGCCCCUUCCUCUGCUCGCUGCAUGUUCUUGUUGUAGUUAAUAGCGUAACGGACCGCAGCUGUGUGUGCCGAUAUCGUCUAUCAACCAUUACGAUCUACUGUAUGACCUGGACUCGAUGAUCGAUUGCGCUUCGUUCCUGUUGAAGGUAUGUAUCGACAUAAGCCUAAUCGACAUAGCAUCUGACCUUGCUGAUUCGAGAAAUGGCUUUCACUUUCCACAGCCGGGGCCGCACAGGCAUUGAAGUUUAUCGCUAAUAUCACCGGUCGUGGCCCUGUUAACUCCAUCGUCUUAUAGGACAGCAUCUGCGUGAAUUGCGCUGUCGACAACGAGGAGGCCGCAAUGGCAAUGGAAUUCCAAAUUUACUGUCAAUAGCAUUCAUAUUAUUUUAUAGUAGGAUGCGGGACCAUUUGGACAGCGUGGCUUAUUUUUGGCAACUUUUGCUUAUAACUUGAUCAAUUUUGUUCAGAAUAACUUAAAUUUUCAAGGCAAUUAGUCUAGUCUAGUCUAGCCUAGUCUACACUUACACAACAAUUCUUUUAAAGAAUCCUGGAAAAUUAAAGAUUCAACUGUAUUUCUAUCAUUUUCCUUGUCAUUACAGUGCCGAUUCGUUCGUUGGAGGUUCGUUAGAUGGGUUGUCUCGAUGGUUGAAUGUUCACUGGUUGGGGCAAAACCCAUCUUAAAAGCACUGUCAAUGUCAAAAUCGCUGUCAAAACGAGUUGGACAUCUGACCCCCGUCGCAUCGCAACUCCUAUAUACAGAACGUUUGUGUGCGUAUGCGAGUGUUUCGUGACGAAUUUCUCAUCAGUUGCGUGAGUCUAAAGCGUGGUCUAAAGCAUUUGGAUCAGAUGUCAGUUGAUGCCAACGAACGAACACGAUUCGCUAAUCGGAGCGCAGUCGUGACCCAACGAGCGAAUUCAGACUGUAUUAAUGCUUGAAGUAAAUAGGUACAUCGUAGAUUCUUCAAAGGCAUUUAAACUGCCAGGCCUACUAUAGAGCGUUGAUGAUUCUACAGAACUAUUGAGUGGGGACGUCUCGUACCAAUCACUCAGUUUUAUAAAAAGUAAAUUCAUGAAAAUCACUGCGAGUGACGUAGCUGAGAAUGUUAAUGUCACUUCUUGUUUCUCAGCUUGCAGGGCUGCAACACAGAUAUUUACUCCGUAUCCUGGCUCUUUUGGCCUAGGCUUUAGCACCAUUACUCGCGCACAUUUUUUCAUAUUUUUUUUCAUAUUUUAUGGGAAGACGCAGCCAGAAACAAUCUCAACCAUUUACCCGGAAAUCCUCUAGCUUUUGGUUGAACAUUCCUCCUCGAAACUGCUUCAAUUGAUUUUUUUUUAAACUGGUUCGCGUUGGAUUAUUCCACGAAGAAAUCCAUUGGCAUCGUCCUAUCGAAUCUCGCAAAAACUGCCCUCCACAAGGCACACAUAAAAUCGAUUUUAACCUGAAUUGGUGGCCUUCGUGGCCAUGCGGUUAGCGGCGUCAGUCGUCUAGGCGUUUCGUAAGCCUUGGAGUGUGGGUACGAUUCCCACUCCAGUCGGAGAAAACUUUUCCUCAAAUGAAAAAUUCUUCACUGGACCACUGAGAGUUGUCCGAUGUCUCGUGUUUGUAAUGUUCAGUUUGUGCAGCCUCUAAAGCCGGUGUGAAUUGUCUUUUUUUUCAUGGUAAUAGGAGACAAUCAGUGAAGUACUAGAUUUGUAGUAGGGGAGACUCAGGGGACUUGAUCCCUCAUUUUCUCGGAAUCAAAAACAUUGGAGCAUAUUGGAAUAAAAUUCACUGAGUUCUAAGCGGGAAGUACACAAAAUUGGACCCCCUGUCGAAGUGGUCCAACACUCUAUGUUUGUCAGUCUGUUAUGCUUGGGAAGGGCAAUAUGCUUUGAUCAGAUAUAUAUCCGAAUUAAAAAAAAUCACAAUCGUUUAAACGUUAUUGAAUUAGUUCAACCCAUCCUCAAAAGGUGUAAUAGGCUUGUACCAAUGUGCAAUGAUUGUUAGAAGUAACUAUUGAUUACUAGUAUUUAGUGUAAAAUAGUCAAAUAAUCCUCAAUGAAAAUGACGCUUUAAUGAGUAUAUUUAAAUUAUACAGUACAUAUUCAUCUUACGUUGAAGAAACGUAUUAAACCAGUUCAAGUGGUAGCGUUGAAUAAUUUAGAAAAGUAUAUAUACAUCUUGUUGAGUGACGUUCCGAACGGCAAAUCCUACGUUAACUGAAUGUACGAUACUGCGCCUGAUGGUGCCAUUGUAUCAGUAUUGACUAACUAAUCACAAUAUAAGCUCACCAAAACCAACGACGCAAACAUGGAAUUCGGCUGUUUUAGAAAGAAAAUGUCCCUAGAUUGACUUUGUUUCACGUACAGUAAGUGUAUAUUAAAUAAAAGUCUAGCAACAGUACUAUUUGUGGGGAUAAUGAUCCAUGAUCAACAACUAACCUUAAAACCAAUUCGUACUUGCACAAGUAGUACCAUUUGCCUACUGUUUCCGAGCCUUCUCCUAACACUGCUGUGCAGAUUAUGCAAUUAAGCUUAACAGAAAUAGCUCUCCAUCCACUCAUUUAUCGACUCCUAGUCGAAGAGUCUUUGGAAUGUUUAAGGUAUGUGUGUUGGUUUAUGUGUCCAUCCGACAAAAACAGUAGGUAGGAUUUCAACAUGAGAUUAAGUAAUAAUGUCCUUUUUCUUUGAUCGCUCGAUGUAGCUUCAAUACUUCAACAGUCUUUAUGAUACUCGUAAUUGUGUGUGUAGUUGAAACAGAAGGAAAACGACGUUUUGAUUGAUUAUGCACUGCUAUUCUAUCAUACAAAUCAUCCAAUUUACAAUCAGGCGUUUCCCGAUGAAGAGGACCCUAGGUUACGACGAAACGAACGACGUACCUCUUUAAUUCCUGGAACUUCAAUACUAUCGUCGCUCACCUUG